UGAAAAUUUACAGCGUCACGUUUGGUUUAGUGUUUUAGUGAAAAUAUUUGGAUAUUUUAUAAGAAAAUUACGUAAUUAUAGUAAAUUGCGAGAAACAAUGGAGCGGGAGGCAGAUAUUCAGCACAAUCAAUUUGUUGCUGAUGGCCAUAAUAGCGGGAUCAUUCGGUACGACGCCUGUGAUGUACUCAACCUAGGCGAAACAAGUGGUCGCCUCACUAUCAUGGGCUUUAUUUCUCAAAAUACUGAUGUUUCAACAUCAACAAGUGGACCUGGAGUUUUUUGUAAUCGACAUCCAGAAUCUCAACAAAUAUCAAUUCGAACUACUCUGGAGAGUGAUAAAGGAAGAUUUCAAAAAGUUCUCACCCGUAAAUUAGAUUUACAAAUUGUACCGAGUGGACCUGAGUUGAAGCAUAUGAACCGAAUACUUACCAAUUACUUUUUCGGGAGUCAGAUUCUACAUGAAAUAAGAUACCCCACAGCGCAUGAUAAACAAACGUUGGCGAAUCGUAUCUUAGAAGCUUUUCCCCAUCUAGAACAAACGCGCAUGCAUCCAGAUGCUCCCAGAGAAUCUUACUUUUUUUUGGAAAUCUGGUGGAAAAGGAUCAGGACUACAUACCGGAAUAAUUGAAACGCGUGUAGCAAAUAUGCGGAAAUAUAUUUCCCCAGAUGAGCGACUUUUUCGUCGUAAAACACUGCACUUGAAGGUUGCACCGUCAGCAUCUAUCUACGAGCUUGCCGCUGGUAUUGCCGCACUCAAUCCUGUUCUACAAAAUGGCCGAGUUAUCUCGGAAGGCAUGGCACAAUGUGUUGAAUUGCAUAAAUAUCUCUUAGACGUGAAAACAUCCGCAUUUCCUGGAAUACGAUGGCAUAAUGUACAGAUACAACAAGCAUUCGAGCGAAUUCAUCCUGGUUACAAUAAACAGGCUGAUAUGGAAAAAACUCUUACAACUGCGUUGAUGCUAGAAACUCAAUGGGCUGAAGUCAAAAGCAAAUUCGUACGAGGCGCUCCACGCAUUAUGCAAAUUUUAACGAAUCGUGGCAUUAAGCGAACAGCCAAUGAUGAAUAUCUAUCCACAGCGGAGAUUUCAGCCAUGCCUUUGAUCAGGUGGAUUAACCCGGACACUAACAGACAAGACACCGAAGUUUUCAAUGAUCAUCUUAAUGAUUUAGCUCAAUUCGAUCCCCACAUUGUUUGCAUCGCACCAACAUUUGAGGAGGGCAGUAUGUUUAUCAUCUUUAAAGACAACAUUAUACCAUGUGGAUGUUGUGCUAUCCAGGCGAUUGAUUCGUUGUUGAAGUCAUUCGAUGUGCUAGGCCAACAAGUGCCCCCUUUACUAAGAAAGUUUUAUGAUUUCAUAUGCAUACAUUUGUUUAAGACAUCUAUAUAGUUUGUAAAAGCAAUGCUGUAUCAGCACUAUGUGCUAGAUUUCGCGAACUAGAUGAAAAUCCAUAAUGUCGUUGUAUUUCUCAAACCUCGAUUAAUAGAAAAACUACGGUUUUUAAUGUACAUA